AUUGCCAAUCAACUCCAGUUAACCACUCAAGGGUUAAACACCAAAGCAGGUGUUUUAAAAGAACAACAUGUAUUGUGGAAAUUAUGCACGGUGCAUUGGCAUCACUCUGAUACCUCUUGCUGUUUCAUGUUUUGUGGCUGAUAUUUUGCUCUAUUUCCCAAAUGGGGAAACAAAGUAUGCAGAGAGAGACCAACUCACCUUCGUGGUAUGGUUUUUUGAAGGAAUCGGUGGAGGUGGAAUAUUGAUGAUUUUUCCUAUAGUGGUGUUCAUUGGCCUUGGAAAUGAAAACAUCUAUGGUCACUGUAGGUCGAAAAUUUGUGGCAAAAACCGUGCGAUGGUGACCACGGUUAUGGUGUCUCUGAUUGGCAUGGCUGGCGGUGGAUACUGUUUCAAUGUUUCACUUUUGGGUUUAUUAAAAGGCCCAUACUGCCUCACGGAGCUGGGAUGGAACUAUCCCUUCAACAACACCAAUGGCAGAUAUCUCACCAAUCUCACCAUCUGGAAUGAGUGCAGUGAACCGAGCCACAUCGUGGCAUGGAAUGUCACACUGUUUUCCAUUCUGCUAGCGUUUAGCGGGGUUGAAAUAGUCUUGAUUAUCGUUCACGUCAUUAUCGGCUUAGCUGAAGGAGCCUUUGGAAACUGUUGCCGCAGUCAUGAGAACAAGUCCAAGGAGUGCAUUGAGAUUGAUGUCAAUGUCGAAACGGUGUAUCAGCACUGAUCUCCUCGCUCUUUACAGAACCAUGGAGCAGUAUAAGACACAACUGACCUGUGCCAAUUGGAAGAGAGUGGAUGCCUCGUUGGUAGACCUCGUUGCUUUGUUCAUUGUCUGGAAUUUCCUCAAACUUUUCUCCUGUCAGGCUUCCAAAGCUUGGAUGCAAAUUGGGUUCCUCAUAGCUUUCCAUCAAAGUUCAGAGCCUGUGUAAUACUUUGAUUAGUUCUUAUUCUUGUCCCAGUGCUGGGUGUUAAAUGUAUAGGUGAUGUAUGCACUCUGUUAAUGGAGUAAUGAUGCAUAUUGGUAAAAAAUACAAUCAUGGAUUCUCACCAACGGUCAGGAUCGGUUAAGAAAUAGAACCCUAAAAUGGAUUAGCAUAUUUAAUUGGAACUGUAAAUUGAGGUGAAAAUUUUAUAGCUACUUCCUAGUAUUUUCCUAAGUGCCACCCACCUAAGGUUUGGUUUAUUCUAUUUAGGUUGCCUUUUUAUUUGCAUGCUGCCAUUGGUUGCCAUGGUGGAAGCUGAUGGACAGUGCCAUCCAUGCUAUUGUUGCUUAGUGAUAGAGCUGGUCACUGGGGAACUCUGCACGGUGAGAUUAUCCCGGUUAUAACAUCCUUCGGUAACUCAGUGACAUUGGAACAGGUGUUCCAUCAUUCAUUUGAUCAUGUCUGAUUUGUGUCUUAAAUCGUGUUUACCCAAAAUCGUGUUUUUUCUAUAUCCCUUGACAACCUAGCAAAUCACUUUGAAAUUUUCAGUUUAUCGCUAACUUCAACAGGGUUUUGAGGAAAUGGCUAAUUUGCUGCAGUUUCUCAUCUCUUAAAUUGCACUCAAUCAACUGUAAUCAUUUCCCACCCACACCCUUAUUCACCCACCCAAACCCAUGAUUGCUCACACCACCCACAAACCCAUUCACUUGUUGAAAUACCCAUUUAUGAAUACACACACACACACACACUCUCUCUUCCUCACACCCUCAUUCACGCACUUAACACAUCCAUUUACUCAUACUCAUUCACAUCUGGCUCGUUCUUGUUAUAUUCAGUUCCUUCUCCCAUGUAGUAUUGCCCAAGGAUCCAUCCUUGACCCCCACUCCACCCAUUUCCAUUUAGAUGUUACUCCUCAGCGACAUUACCAGUAAUUACAUGUCAGAUUCCUCAUGGUGACACCCAGCUCCUACUGACCCAUCACCGCUGACCCCUCCACUACCUCUGUGUUGUCACGAUUGUCAUGAUGCUUACCCAAUAUCUGGGAUUGGAUGGGCGGAAAUGUCUUCCUACCAAAUACUGUCAAGAUUAGUGCCAUUAGUUUUGGUUGCGGCUCCCCAUUCGUUUUCCUGAUCAUGGCCUGAAGCUUAGUCUGACUGUUUGCAAUCUUGGCAUCCCACUUGAAUUUGAUCCAGUAUCCUCUCCAUCGCCAAGUGCAUCUCUGCGCUAUCCUCAGCCCAUUUGUUGCUAGAACUCUUUUGUGUUUCACUUAGAUCCAGACUUGACUAUUCUGAGGAUCUCCAAUCCCAGGGCACCGAUAGAACAUAGGAAAUACAACGUCCUGUCCUAUAUUUAUCCUUUAAGUGACACCAUCGAAAAUGGAUGGUUUGGUCAGUUAUUUUAUUGAUUUUUCUGGGACCUUGUCAUGCACAAAUUACUGGCCAGUUUGCUAAAUUACACACACAUACAGUGAGGGUACACUCUCUCAAAGCCAACUGUUUAAGAACUGGAGUUGAUGGACAAAAGCAACCAUUUUCAGAAUGGGCCACGAAUUUCAAAAAAGCAUUUACUCGAUUAAAAUGAACUUAUUUGGAUAGUUCAGCUGCACACCACUAGACUUGUUAUCUGUUUUCAAGUUCGGAAGAAGAAUCCUACCAGACUCAAAACGUUAAACUGUCUUUCUCGCUCCAGCCAGAUGUGCUGAGUUUCUCCAGCAAUUUGUGUGUUUUCUUCCGAUUCCCAGCAUCCGCAAGAAUUUGGCUUUCUUGUUAUCUGUUUUGUUGCUUGUCAUCUCUGCCAGCCCUCCAAGGAGACCUUAACCCCCCCUCCUGACCUGGAUUGGCCUGAACAUGCCCUCACACACAACAUGGAGUAGGAGCAAAUUACUACAGAUGCUGGAAUCUGUAAUGAAAACACCAAAUACUGGAAAUCACAGCAGGUCAGGAAGCAUCCAUGGAGAGAGAGAGCAAGCUAAUUUUUCGAGUCUUGAUGACUCUUCAUCAGAGCUGACCCCCACUCACAACACCCUUGGUCUGGAGAUUGCUGCCAGUUUUGAGAGAGAAGUACCUGUACUUUGUAUCUUUGUAAAAGUUCUUUGAGAAGUCCUGAGAUUAUUAAAUGUCUUUAAUAAAAUGUAAGUAUUCUAAUUUGCACAAAAUCUUGAAGCUCUGGCGAUCAUUUUUCAUUACACACGUUCACUUCCACAAGGAGAAGAUGCAGAUGGAAAUUUCUUUACAGCUGCCACCUCUGACCUUAUAGCACUGAAUUUGAUGUGUUUCUGCUUUGUGGGAAACAGAAAGUAUUUGAACAGACCACAGA